AAAGCCCAGAAAUCUUCCCCGCCGAAUAUUCUCCCGCGAGCCAGGCCAAACACGCCGGCCGCCCUAUCAAAAUGGCCCCGCCACCCGCGGGCGCCGGCGCGGGCGAGCCCGCCCACGCCGCGACGGAGCCUUCCGCCAUCCGAGACCGGGACGCCAAGCGCCGCCGCCGCCCCUGCCCUGAGGGCGCCGGCGCGCGCAUCAUGUCCCUCGGCGUGCAGGCCGCCGUGAUGGCGGCCGCGCUCGCGCUCUUCGUCCUCUUCGCCGCGGCGGCCGCCGUCCUCCUCCUCAUCCUCCUCGUCGCCGCGCGCGCCUUCCGCCACCACCACCACCGCAGCCGCUACCGCGUCCCGUCGCUCGACCCGUACCCUCCCGCGUCGGGCCUCUCGCCCGACGACCUUCGCCUCCUCCCCAGCUUCGCGUUCUCCUCCCCGGGCGACCGCGACACGUCCUUGCCGCCGCACCUCUGUGCGGUGUGCCUCGAGGCCGCGCGCGCCGGGGAGCGGUGGCGCGCGCUGCCCGCCUGCGGACACGCGUUCCACGCAGCAUGCGUCGACCGGUGGCUCGCCAAGUCGCCCGUCUGCCCUGUCUGCCGCGCCGCGGUGGCCGUCUCGGUGAGCUGAUGGUGCAACUCUUGGCGGUAUGAGCUCACAUGAAGGCACCGCCUUUGCGCCUACCCCGCUUUGCCUCGGGCUGCAAGGUUCUGUUCCCGCUAGGUGUUCGACAAACCUUUCCGCUGUUGUGAUUUGUAAAGAGAGAAGCAAAAAAGCAAAGGAUCCCAAAAAGUUUUUCCUCUCAUAGAAUUUUUCGAUGUUAACUUUACAGGAUUGUGUUGCUUGUGUAUUUGAUGCGUGUUAUUGUAGUGCGGCAUUUGGUUCUUCGAAAAAAAUUGUAGUGCAGCAUUUGAAUUGUGAUGCAUGAAGAUUGCUGUGCCCCGACGUCCCAACAUGGGGAGUAAUGAUUGAUAAAUACUAGCUAACAGUAUGAUAAUA